CUUCGUAUAUCCGAAGACACAAUCCUUGAAUAGAAGUGGGAGCAAACCAAACCCUAGGGACCUUGCGGCGGGGAGAUCCUCUGCAGAUGGAGAUGGUACGGGAGACCAAAGUGGGAAGGGGUGAUGAAUCCGCGAAGCGCCGCCGUAAGGAGGGCGGUUCCUCUGGUAGGAUCGACGAGGAAUCAGCCACGACGGAGCAGAUCUUGGAGGUGGAGGAGGAGAAUAUCUCGGAAGACGAACAAGGCAAUUGGACCGAUAUAGAUCGGGAGGUGUCCAUGGGGAAGGUGCUGACCGAGGAUGAGGAGAUGGACAAGUACCGUCGAGGCGUGGAAUAUAUAUUGGGUGGCGAGUUCGGUUGCUUCGAACAAGAGACAACAGUGAGUUCCAUGCUCACUACACACAAAGCCAUCCAAAAUGCUUCUACCGCAACCGCCUUGCAACUCUACUCCAUCAAAGUCGAGGAGACAAAACUCGUGUGGCCACUGCACGUCUACGGCAUGGUUGCUGCCCGAGACCCUGUGGAUCGCAAUCGCAAUAUUCUCUUCAAUCGAAAGAGGGAUAACUGCCAAAUCCUUACUGAAGAUGAUCCGUACUUGUUGCUGACUGGCCCGUCUCGUGCAAUUGUGUUCCUUGACCCGGUUGAUUUUGAAAUUGAUCUUAAAGUGAAGGGUGGGGUCGAAGAUAAAGAAAGAUUGAUCCAUCAAGUCUACACUUUCAAUGGCACUACUGGUGCUGAUGGUCCACGCUGCUCCAACGAAAAUUGCACAAUACACUUGCACUUUAAGGUGCUUGAUGAAACGGUUCAGGCCACUAUCAUUGGUGCCCAAAUUAUCCGUGGGUCAUGGCCGAGAGGCUACGCAGGGCAAAUUGCUUGCUCCAACGCCUCCUCUCAUGAUGAAGUUGUGUUGCUUGAUUUUCCAGCUGGAAGUAAUCCACCAGUGGCUCGAGAUGGCACGCUGGAGCUUUCUAGGCGUGUUGUUUCAGUAGAUGUGCAUAAAGACAUGGUAGUUUGUGUAAAGGCCUACCCUGUAUGUGGUGGCUUGAAACAAACCAUUGUAUCCGGGGAUGUCAUGUUCACACCCCAACAAUGCGGCAUAACUGAGGGCAUAUGUGACCUUGGUGGCAACUGUCAGGUCGAGUUCAAAAUCGCUUGGUCUCUCCUUGUUGUGGCCAACUGGCUACUCCCGUCAUGAGAGAAAUAUCCUUAGCUCUAAUGAAAUCAGAGGUGCCAUACUAUGUUCCGUGGUGCUCAGGACGUGCACUAUAUCUACUGUAAUACCCUUGCCGGCUGGAAGAUGUGUAGCUAUAUGUAUAGUCUUUCCCGCAGUCUAUUAACAAGUCCAAUUAUCAUGGUUAUCUGUUAUAAGCUGUGUUAUAUGAGAUUGUCUUAACUUGUAAGUCAUGUAUCUUGUAAACUAGUACUCGUUAAAUUGUGUGAUGUGAGAUGCCCCAGCUAUUUCUGUACCGAUGUCAUGUAUGCAAAAAUAUCAUCUAUUUAUGUAUCUGGUAGCCAAUACUCCAAUAUGUUGCAAUGUA